GCAUGUGCUGGCAGAGUGAGCUGUAGGCUACGUCGGCGAACGAGAGAGUUUGGUGACAGUCGACAGAAUACGAGGAAGAGGCGGGUGAGAAGAGGAAUGAAGGGAUGGGAGGAGGAAGGAAAGAGUAUGAUGAUAUACAAACACACAGAUUGAAGCACAACCUCACACACACACACACACAUAGAUACAACCACAGAUACUUGGUUAAACACACACAUGCACAACAAUGUUGAACCUAAAAAAAAUUGAGAGAAAAAAAAAACUCGCGUAGGCUCGUGGCGUGGAGUCUUUCAGCGGGGUUAAAAUCUUACUCCCGCAUCUCUGGUACGCUCUGUCACGCACGGGCAUACACACAUUCGUUUAUCAACCACACACAUACACACGCACGCGCGUCCAUUUUUUUUUUUAAAUUCUUCUUCUGGUUCCGUUAGCGCGUCAACGCAGACUUUUACUCAGCGGGAGUCAUAAGGAAGAGUUUGGGUGGAAUAAUGUCGUGGCUCAGUGAAGCAUGACAAACUGUUUGGUCCCGCACGGAACUAUCGACAACCGCUGCGUAGUUCUUUGUGACACCACGCCAGGGAGCUACAAAGACUGUUCAGACAGCAUCUUCUUCGUGGCACUGAACCUUCAUGUACUGGACAUGGUCUGACCAGUGGACAUUCUUCAGUUAAGGAUUUACACGACAUAUUUCCACAGAAGUUCAAUUCUAGUAAUUAAUCUUUUUUAAUCUUUUUCACGACUUUGUGCCAGUUUUGAAGAGAACAUUUUGUGAACAAGGAGGAAAACAACAUUUCUUUCAACAGUUUUGGCAAAAAACAAAAGUGAAAUUUCUGAAGUGAAUUGUAAAUAGUGUGUCUUAUUCUUUGGGAGUUUGUUUGUGUCUUGUGAGGCUUCUUUCUAGUUCCGCUGGAAUUUAAAUCCCCACUCCUGACUGCGGUUCAAAACCUCAGCUAUUAAUUACGUUGUUCAGUAAUUGAAUUUCGUCUUUCUUUGCAUUGGACUGUCGAUUUCAUUUGAAUCAGAGCUAACUCAUUUCCAAAUUGUAAAAUCAAACGGAAGGCAAGAUGGUCAACGUGACAUAGUCUACAGACCUGGCCUGGAUGUUUUUGUGUACAGAUAUUGCCAAAGUGUAGCAUUUCAAUAUAUGGAUUAAAAACUUAGCCCACUGGCUUUUGAGGAGAUUUGUACAUUACAUGUUUAGUGUCAUCUUGACGACAUCGGCGCUACGUCAUACCAUGCUAUGACGUCACUAUGACGCUGAGACACGGUCGAUAUCUGCUGCGGGUCUAGGUGUAACAUGUCGUCAGCACGAACUCUGUUCACUCCCAUCAGACGAAGCUCUAUGUACGCUGCUCACAUCGCCUUGACCUUGGUGCUGACUCUUGCUUGGCAAUGCUGCCUUGGAUUUUCUUUCAACGGCUCUACCCAGAAGGAAGAGAGAAUGACGGAUGUAGCUGCCCAGGAAGGGGAUACUGCAAAGUUCCUGUGUCCCAUCACCACACUGGCCAGGAACCUUGGUAAGAACCAGAUCACAGUAUACUGGACGUUUGGAGGACGUCGCAUUGAGAUUGACCCAGAUAUGGAGGAAGAGGGUCAUUACGCCUCCAAAGCCUUUGAGGGCCGUCAGGUCCUGGUGAUAAACAAGAUCAGGACCGACGACGAGGGGGAGUACGGCUGCGUGGUGUCGGUCAGCGACUGGACUGGUAAAGCCGUAGGGAAACUGACAGUGUUAAGAGCUCCAGAUCCGCCACACGACGUGCGCGUCAUCAGUUGCUACGGCAACACCGCGGAGCUGUCAUGGCAGCCUGGAAAAUCCAAUGGCGCAGAGAUUCAGCAGUUCGUGUUGCAAUACACUCUGAAGGAGAAGCCGGACACCUGGUUCGACUUUUACGAUGAGGUUAGCGGGGACAAGAACACCUCCUACGUGGAAAUACCGCCUUACGGAACGUACAUGUUCCGCGUCCUGGCCCGAAAUGCAGUUGGAGUCAGCCGGCCCAGCACAGUGACGUCCAGGGAUUGCACCACACCGCCGGACAGGCCGGACAGAAAUCCCAUCAAUGUACUCACCAAGACAGAUAAAAAAGGUUUUCUUGUGAUAGAAUGGGAGCCUCUUCCCAGAUUACUUUUCCACGGCCCUGGCUUUUGUUACAUGGUGUUGUGGAGGCGGAAAGGUAGUCUGGCCUGGAACUCAGCUGUGGUCAAUGGCACAUUUGCUUCCAGGUACGAACAUGAGGUAGACGAAAUAUAUGGACUUUUUGAAGUGCAGGUGAAGUCAAAAAAUGACAUGGGUGAGGCACACCAGCCGGCAUUUAUUUAUCUGGGCCGCAGCUUUGAAGCAGAACCCCAAGUUAUCAUUAGUGGAUUUCAACAGGAUCCAAGCCGGCCUUUCUCAGCCAACACAGCUUAUUUCAAAUGGGAACAUGUUGAUCCGGAAGACAAAAGAAUGCAUGGAAAAUUUAGGGGCUACAAGCUUCUAUACUGGAAGUGGAACGACAGUGAGAACAAUAAAAAGCAUGUCUUCAUACCUGAUACAUUUCCUUCCUUGGAACCAGGGUCACAGUUCAAGGCUGCACUCUCUGAUCUUCCCGCGUAUUCCACCUUUCACGUGCAGGUUGUGGUAGUCAACACUCACUAUCACGGGCCCCCGAGUGACACAGUUCAAGUCUUCACCCCAGAGGGAUUGCCUGAUGCCGUGCAAGGCCUUUUCGCAGUCACCGUGACAUCAGACAGUGUCACAUUAAGAUGGCUCCCUCCCGAUAGACCUAAUGGGCUGAUUCUCGGAUAUGACAUUGGAUAUCAAAUAGUGACAGGAAACAAUUUAGGACCCAUGGUCAAGGCUAAGUCCUCCUCUAUGACACCUACGUCAUUGCAAGCCAGAGUAGAUAAUCUCAAACCCAAUGUGCGGUAUAGAUUUAGUAUUGUUGGCAGAACUCAGGCAGGUAAAGGGGAUGUGGCCUAUAUUGAUGUCCGGACAACCAAUCGCACCAUUUCUGCAGAAACAAGUGGCAGCACGCUGUUUAGGGCUCACAAUGACAAGCCCAGUGCUUUCGAUUCAAGUCCAGAGAACUCAAGCUGGAGCAGCAGAUGUAGGAGUUACUUGCCGCUAGUCUAUUUCUCAGCACUUCUGGUCUUCCACAACAUUGUAGACAUAUUGUGACAUGCUGAGACUUUUCUAUGAUUUGUUUAAAAUCCUAGAAGUUGAUAUUUUAUGUAUGAUACUAGUCGUACAAUCAAGUUUGGUGAUGAAACUAUUUGAUGUAUUAAUGUAUAUAGGUUUAUUUAUAGAGUUUAUACUCAAAAUCUGCACUGCAGAAAUAAAUUCAAUAUCUUAUUCUGUUUAAAUGUAAAAAGCCUGUGUAUUUUCUAACUGCAUUAUACGCUUCUUUGAAAAAUAAAGAUGUGGCUAUCGAUAUUAUAUAUUUUUUAAAAAGUUAUAGUUAUGUGAUUUUUGAAUAGAAUUUGAUUUUUAGCACCUGAUCUGCAUAUGACCAUUUUUAAGUCUUUUGCUUUAUUGAUAAUUUAGACUUUUUUUUUUCCUUACAUCAUCUACAAAUAUUUGUUGACUUUUUUUAUCAAUUAAAUUUUUAAAAAUUUGAAUGAGUAAAUUUUAAGUUUUAUAGGCUCUUAAUUUAAACCAUUGCCAUGAAUGGUUUCAGCACAUCGAAUACACUAGACUUGUCAAAAGCUUACUUUUACUUCAAUCAUAAUUCAAAUAAUUACAAACUUGAAUUCUAUCAAUUAUCUGUAACAUACACUUUUGCAUGACAUUCUUAAAAUCAUGUACAGUCAGAGCAUACAUUUCACAUGUUUCUUUAAAUAAAGCCUCACAAAUUUUUUUUUUCUUUGUAUUCAUUGAUUCCUUUAAAUAAUUUGAGCUAAUUAAAUUUUUUUUUAAAGUACAAACCUGAUAUAUAUGAGGUAUUAUAAACUGUGCAAUAGCUAUUUAUUGAUGUAAUUUCAUUUGGUUUACAUAUAUAUUGUCUGAAUGCAUAAAUAUAUUUCUCAGAAAUAUUGUUAUAAUAUAAAAAAACUAUGUGAAAUUUCUUGUUCUUAUAAAACAAAUUAUACAAAUAAUUAAAAUAUUUCACAAUAUUUAUAUAAAAUCUAUUUAAUAUAAAAUUAGUUUCUUGACAUGCCUAUGGUAACUCUUACUAUCAAGGAGGGAAUAAUCGAACUGAAGGUAUUUAUUACCUAUAUAAUAUAUAACUAUUUCUAAAUGACAUAAAAAGUAAAUAAUACUGGUAUAUAUUUUUUAGUCCCAAAGAAUGUACUGUGCCAGAUUUCUGAACUUUUGUCUAUUAAAACUUUUGAGGACUAAAAUUAGUUUACAAACGUAGCAGUUCAUUAAAAAAAAUUGUUAUAUUUACAGUGGAGUUUGUCAAAUGCUUUAAAGUUUUAAAGGCUAAGCCUUUUUUGACAUGUAUAAUUAUUAGAACCAAAUAAUUAAUCAAUCAAUUAUAUCAGUCAAGGAUGGCUGUCUGGUUGUACAAUAUGCUCACUGGACAGUUGUUCAGUUGACUUGAUAGUCCAGGGUUCAUCCCCUGUCCACUGCCAUUCCCUCCCUGUGGGAGGUUUGGACUAGGAUGUUAAUUAUCUUCAAGUCUGAAGGAGCAUCCGUAACAUGUCCAACAUUUUAGAAACAAACAUUAGUGAUACUUAAAAGUUUCUUUUUUUUCUUUCAAAGCUCCUACUAAAUUGUGAUUCUAAGGCUUUCAUGCUUACUGAAUGUGGCCAAUUGUUUUUUGUAAGAUGUAUUUAUGUUUAGUUUAAAAUGUUUAUGCUCCUUUCUGUGUAUUUUCUUAAACAGGCAUAUUUUCAUGUUUUAAUUGUAAAUAUUUGAAAAAUAUUAAGUUAUUUGAAUCAUUUUUCAUUUAGUGAUUAUAAAUAAAGAUGGAUGUCUUGUGAAUAUGUUGUAUAAAUGUUUGGGAUAUAAUAGGGUAUAAAUAUUUUAAGUAAUGCUUAAAUUUGUUUCUUUUUUAGUGGUAUGCAAAUGUUUCAUUUUAUGAUUGCCAAUAAGAAAAUAUGUGAUAAUUUCAUUAUGUCCUAAUGGAUUUCAAAUGUUCUCUAAUACUCUAAAACAUUGCUGACAUAUCGGAAAUUAUAAUCAUUACAUCAUUCUUUACUUCUUCUUUGUCACAUCUCACCAAUUUGAAGGUGGACACAAAUUUCUGAAUUUCUUUCAAUUUUCUUUUAAAUUGUCAUAUAGAGGCAGUAAGAGUUGUCUGGUCAUCUUGCUGGUGAUUGCAGGGUUUGAACCCUACCUGCUGUCAUCCUCUGCUAUUCUGCAGAAGUUUUGGGCUAGGAUAUAAUAAUCUUCAAUUGUGAAGGAACAUCUGAAACUUGUAAAACAAGUACAUUACAGCAUAAUUAGAAUGUAGAACUAUGUGAAACCUUGAUAUUGUCUAAUAACAGAAUUUUUUUUUCCAAGGAAAUCAAAACAAGAUUUAAUGUUCUGAAAGUUUUCUUAAUGUUACUUGAUAUGUGAAUUCUAAAUCUAAUAGAAUUGAGAGAUUCUUUAAUAUAUUUAUGCAGGCCAAUUUUUUAUUUGUUCAGUCAGAUAUACAAGCAUAUUUUCUUGAAAACAAACUUAAUCUUAUACUUCUUAAUCUUUUACGUCAUUCUGAAGUGUGUUAUUUCCCCAUUUUCUUGUUUAAUUUAAACUUUCAUUCAAUGUACCCACCCCUUCUUUGGAAAAGAAAAAAACUUUUUUUUUGUCAAACAUAUUUUGUAUAUUAAGAGCCAGUUAUGUUUAAGUGAAAAUAUCAUUUUCAAAUCAAGUUUUUAUUUAUUUAGCUCCGAAUGUCUAUUUUUGUGGCCUAAAUGUUGGAGUGUAAAUAAAUCAUCCAGGCCCAACUUUGUCCUUGUUAUCUUUUUAACCUUUGACCUAUGCUCACCUUCAACCAUGGUUGUGACAUGUUCAUCAUGACAGAAUUCAUCACUAGCCUAUAAAAUGUAUAUUGAAUAAGAAAUGUAUAUUUUAAAAAAAUUUCAACAUUUUAAAAACUAUUAUGUUUGUUCAAACAUUUGAUUGAAUAUUAUGAUUUUUUUUUCUCUUUGCUAAAGGACAUCCUGCUAUUGACAUCCAGCUGUUGGACGUGAAAAAGCUUUUUUCUUUCCAUGUAAUAAUUGUAAUUUUAGAGAUAUAAAUAAAUAAUAAUUUUUCUUUCAUUAUUUAGGAAAAAAGACUAUUUACAUUUUAAAAUAAAUUUUUAGACAUCAAAAAUAAAAUAUACACUAUUUAAAUUAAGAAUAUUUUGUUUAGACUUUGCAAUAUUCUAACAAUAUAACUGGUGGACCUCAAUAAAUACAUGUAGGAUUAUGAUACUAACAUUAUUUAUUCAAAUACUCAUAAAGGUUGUUAAACAAUAGAAAGUAUUGUGUUCUUUGUUUGAAUUAUUUAUUCCUUUGUGAAUGGAUAUCAUUUUUACAAUACUUUGUAGGGACUAAACAUUUAAGACACAUAACAAGUUUUAAUGAAGUACAUUAUUAUAGCCCGUGCUGGGGUAUUACAUGUUGAUGUCAAUAGUCUAUUUGGACGUCAUUUUAUUUAUUUGCAUUUUCUGGUCUGCCAUUACGAGCAUACAAUGAGAUCUAAAUUUAAAAUACUUUCCUAUUGAAAGAGGAUUCAUUCGUUCCAUAUUUAAUAGAAAGCCAUUCCAGUUUUUUAGUUUACCUUUUUUUUCCUCUUUCAAUAUUACUUGAAAGAAUCAAUAAUCUUAAAAGGGAGGAUUCGAAAAUACAUUAUCGGUUAAUGCCCUUGCUGGCUAUCAAUGUGCCGCUUGGGGGCGUGUAUGCUUUCAAUCCAUUAAAGUUUAUUGCAUAAUGUCAUUAUUUAUUUGUUUUUCAUUCUUUUUUCUUUAAGAAGAUUACCUUUUUAUAUUUAAA